GGGCUCCGCUGCAAUGGGCACCCUGCUGGCCACACUGCUCCUGCUGCUGGGGCCGGCGCUGACCUCGGCGCUGUCUGUGGCCAAGGACACCGGAGAGCCCCUGAUGUACCCCUUCGGGCUCGAGCUGGGCGACGCCGCCACCCCCACCGAGGAUGACGGGAUGUCCCCCGAGAUCUCCAUCGAUGUCCCCUUCUCCUUCUACGGCCAACAAUACCGCAGCCUCUACGUGAACAACAACGGAGUGGUGUCGUUUGGCGUGUCGGUGGCACAGUACACACCCGACCCAUUCCCGCUGGCUGACGGGCGGCCCUUUGUGGCACCGUACUGGGGUGACGUGGACACGCGGCUGGGUGGGCACGUGUACUACCGCCAGAGCCAUGACGCCACACUGCUGCGCCGCCUCAUGCGUGACCUCCGCGCCUACUUCCCUGGCAUCCAUUUCACUGCCACCUGGGCCCUCGUGGCCACCUGGGACCAUGUGGCCUUCUUUGGUGCUGCCACCACCGUGGCCCGCAAGGAGAACACGUUCCAGGCGGUGCUGGCCACGGAUGGCGAUAUCUCCUUCAUCAUGCUCAACUAUGAGGACAUCCAGUGGACAACUGGCAUCGCCAGCGGCGGGGACCCCCUCACUGGCCUGGGGGGCACUGCUGCACAGGCUGGUUUCAACAGUGGGGACAACACGCACUACUACAACAUCCCGGGCUCACGCACGGACAAUGUGCUGAACAUCCAGCGCACCAGCAACGUGGGGGUGCCUGGGCGCUGGGUCUUCCAGGUGGACGUGGGCGUCGGCACUGUGGCACCCAGCACUGCACCCCCCGCACCACCCCACACCACCGCACCCCCCCCACCGCCCACCGAGGGCAGGGAGGAUGAGUGUCUGGAGUGAGCAGAUGGACACAGGACACGGCUGGACACGGGCCCACAUGGAGGAACACAUCUGCCCCCCUCCUCCCCCCCGGUCCUGGCAGGGCAGCAAUAAAGCAGUGACCGAG